UACAUAUAAAUACGUAUGUGAUGAUACUAAGUUUUUCAUCAAAACUCAGAACAAAGGGCUUGCAUUGCACUACAGACUCUAGGUCACUACCGUCACUUCUUGCGUUGCUAUGUCUGUUGCUGUCCCUAUCCUCUUGCCGAUGGAUGAUUUUCUCGUAGAGAGACAAGACAUAUGGAAGCGUGCACUAAGAUUUAUUCUCAGGAUGACUUCGGGAGUAGUCUACUCAAUAGUGAUGCAUAUUUUGCUCAUCACUGCAUACACUUUGCUAACUUUUCGGAUUUUCUAUACAAGGGGAGGCUUUGAUGUCGUCCUGUUUUUCGAUGUCAUAGGCCUCUCUGUCUUAUACCUUGUGUUUGGUUUAUUGGAAAUCGCCUUGAGAGCGUCUUUUAAAGACCAGAUGUGUGUCACAUUCUUUGGGCAUAUCAGCCAUAUGAUGGGAUCUAUGCUUCUCCUCUCGUACAAGGUUCCAUCAAAUCAUAUUGAGGCUUUUGCCUUUUGUUUCCUUGGAAUACCACUCUUCUUUUGGACAUAUUUCAUUAUGUUUUCUACUUUUAUUCCAGAAUUUAUGGGAGAUGACUCUUUAACCCAACCAUUGGUUUAGGAUUUUAUAUUCUAUGAAUGUUGUACUUUUGAGGGACUUUUUUUUUAUUCU